AUGACCACUGUUGAUUCUGCCAAAGCGGUAUGCGGGGAUACUCACGCCAUGGGAAUGGCAGUUCUAGUUGUAAUUGAUUCAAACGAUCUGAAGGAUGAACUUAUAGCAUGGUACAACACCUAUCAGAGUACAGUUCCACUUUCACCACUCACAGAUGAUUUCCAUACCCCUCUAGCUGGGUUCUACAUUAUGCCAGAAAUUGACAUACAGACGAAUCUUCCAGGUGGAAGGAAAGAAACAACUAGAGUCAAGUCGUUACAGGACCUCCAAAUCAUAAAUAAUCUUCGUUGUAAAUCUGAAAUACCAAAAACUCUUUUAAAUGACAUUUUACGCAAUGAAAAAUGUCUUGUUUUACUAGAUGGACUUGAUGAAUGGUUUCAUCCUGACAACGAUUGUUCAAGACUUCCAAAAAGUAUUCCGCAUCGGUAUGCACGUGAAAAGUGUGUAAUCCUAACAACGACCCGGCCAUGGAAGCUUGGAGUCUCAAACUUGAAGACUAAUCAAGUAGACAAAACAGUGGAGCUAGUUAAACUAGAUAAACAAAAUGUAAGGCAGUUUAACCUAAACGCAAUGAAAAUAUUGAAAGGCAACAUUGAAGAAGAAAAACUGAUCAAUGAAGUUUGUAGAUUUGAAGAGGAAAUUAGAAACCAUGACCUUGAUGAUAUGGAAUCCACCCCUCUCCUGUUGCUAUAUCUUAUAUGUUUAUGGAUUGCAAAAAUUCCAAUAGGAAAUUCCGCAGUAGAAUUAUAUACAGGCAUUAUACAGCUCCUUCUAUCUAGAACAGAAAAGUUACAUGGAAUGUUUCAUUCAUCAUGUGAAACAUCCCCUAGUAAUGUUCCAGAAUGUUUCAGAAAACAUCAACAUUUCUGUCGUUACUACACGUUUCUGGUGACCAUUGGGAAACUAGCUUUUAAUACAUUAUUCAGUAAGAAAAAAGAGCACACAUUAGUUUUUGAUGAAAAUGUUGCAGAAAAAUAUCUUAACCAAGAAGAUUUGAAAUCAAGCUGUCUAUCAGGAAUAUUAUCAGAAAGUAAAGUAAAAACAUUAAUAAAUGAAAAUUCUAAAAUCUCAUUUUCACAUAAAACAGUGCAGGAAUACUUUUCAGCAAUAUUUAUAAGUUUUCAAAAUACAAGUGAAGUUCAACAAAUCAUUUUUGAAGAGUGCAACUGUUUACAAAAUAUUCUAGACAUGUCAAAAGUGUUUGUCUUUAUUAUUAACAUGAACCCUAAAUUAAUGUCUACAAUAUCAAGUGAUUUGAUGCCUGUGAUAAACAAUGAUGAAAAAACAAGCAAAUACAGAACUUUGACAGGUUAUGAAGAAAUGUACAUUAAGCCAUUACAAGACACACAAGACAUGUACAUUUCUUGUUCCAAAGAAAGCCAGGAAAACAAAGACCUAAAAUUGUGUUUACAAGAUUUCUUCAUUAAUGAAAAAUGUAAACAAGAAAACUACUUCAAACAAUUACAACAUCUGUGUCACCAAAAUAAAGAAAACAUAAAAUCAAUAAUGAUAGAAAAUAAAGGUGUUUGUAGUCUACAAAAAAUUAUCAGUUUGUUUAUACUCUCUGACCUUCCACAUAUAGAGAAAUUAUACUAUAUUGGUGAAAUUGUAGAAGAGGAAAUAAUGAGCUUGUUAUUGAAGCCUUUGAAAUGUUUAACUGUGAGAUCAAGUAAAUGGGAAAAUCAUGAAUUUGUAGGAAAAUAUUGCCUGCUGUCUGCAGAGAUAAAUGGACAACUGGUAAAAUUACAACACCUGGAGUGUUUAUGUAUAGACUGUUUCACUAUGACCCACGAGGUAAUGGAGACAUUGUUAAAUUUCCUCACUAGUAAAAAAUCAAUGAAAGAAAUAUCAUUGAGCAAUUUAUACUGUAGUGAUCAUAGUACUUCAUGUAGGGGAUUCAACCUUGACCUGUCUCAACAUUCACAACUAAGAUGUUUAGGAUUGUACAAUAUAAGUGUGUCACAAUUAAACGUGGAUGUAUCGUUGUUAGAGGUUUGUGAGGUAGGUGAAUUAUAUAAUCCUGGUGUUGUGUCAUCUUGUCUCAGUCAACUACCAGCAGCCGGUAAACUACAAACAUUUUUGUGUGGUUAUCUAAAAUCUUCCAGUGACAUAGAAACAAUGUUACAAACAUUAUCAUUGUUAUAUCAUGUGAAAGAUGUUUUGUUGUUGAGAAUGAAUCUAGGUGAAAGAUCAUUAACACUGUCACCUCAAAUGAUCAAUAUUGAACGUGUUCUCUUGCGGGAUAUAACAAUGUCUUGUUCAGUGUUACAUGAUCUCAUUACUGUUAUAAACAAAUUACCACAUACAGUGACAGUAUAUAUAGCAGGUUGUGAUAUAAAACCAGAAACAGAAUUUGAAAACUUUAAAACAUUUAUAAAACAAUCAGACAAUUUUGUGGUCACCUAUGAUGACACUUUGGAGUCUGGAGAGUAUGCGUUUGGGUUUAAAAGAACAACAACAAGUACUGAGUAACCUUAAAUGAACUUGGGAGAAACAAUUUAUAAAUAGAUUAUGAGACAAGUGACAGGUGAAAUAGACAUCAUUUCUUAUUUUAAGUCUGACAUUUAAUCAAUACUUUGCUGUUCAUAACAAUGUGAUGUGAAUGGAAACUGAGGAUUUUCUUACUGGGACAACAAAUGUGGAUUAAUUUUAGAUCAUUAUGUGUAUUCCUUCUUCCAAGAAAUGGGCAGGUUCACAAGAGACUUCAAUUAAUCCAAGAACUGACAUUCAUGUGGAAUUUUCUGUAAUUAUGAUAUGAACAAUUCAUAGACUACAAAAUGGGUCCUAAACUAACAUAAUGUGUCACCUCGGAUUCAUGAACAGUACAUGUAUGGAGAAAUUUUGCAUGAAAUUACAAAUACUGAAGUCACCUAGUGUAAUGACGUCCAGCAACUGUUUAAAGAUACGCCUAUUUAUAAAAUAUAUAACAGCAUAUAUCAACAUAACUCUUCCAAACUUAGGACUCCAGCCAAUUAUGAGUUGAUUAGUUAAUAGUUAAACUAAAUGAGUACCUGACACUUAGUUAUUGCCAGAGAGUUGCAGUCAUUGUAUUGUUUAAAACAUGGAUAUACAACUCAGACAAUUCAAGGCAUGAAAUUUAUUUAGUGAAUGUAUACAUAUAUAUUUGUAUAGAUUUUUUACUGUAUAGUAUGUGCAUUAUUUAUAUUCAUGUAUAAUAUGUAAAUAUACAUUUAUGUUAUAUAGAACUGCUAGUCAAUAUUUGUACAAAAAAUAGUUUUAAGUUAGAUUGUUAAAAAAAAACCAUUUUGCCCAACCGAGUGUAUGUAGUGAGUUAUUGAGUAAGUUUUAUUUUAAAAAUAUACGGUCAUUUCAGCUCAAAUUGACAAUUAAAAAAAUUAUGUCACUGUCAUUUAAAAAAUGUACAUGAAUGUCCACUUAAAUGUGAAAAGUUAUAUUUUUGUGUUAUCUUUGAAAUCAUAGUUAAUGCUUAUCAGUUGUUAAUGGAAAAAAAUCAGUGUUAUAAUUACAAAUAGCUUAAAUACAUGUAUAUAAAAAUAUUUUGUCAAAGUGAAUUAAGAUUAAUUUUCAUUUAUAUGUUGAAGUUUUUUUUAUGUGACUAGUAUUAUACAACAGCUUAUCAUGUUGUGUUUCUAUUCAAAAUUACAAAAGUAUUGUUUUCUUAUAUGUUUUAACUCAACUUUUUUUUUAGAAAAAGGAGGAACUGUUACAGUCAUGUUGGCGUUGCCGUCCAAAAACUUGUACCUUGAUCAGAACUUUUUAAGUUCUUAGUGUAUUGUCAGUCUUCAUACUUGGCCACAACAACCACUCAUACAAAACCUUUCAGUAGACUAGCCUAACCUUCGUUCAUAAAUGACCUUGACCUUUAAGGUCAAAUGUCACAAUUUUGCUUGUUUCACUGUUUAUUACGGUUGAAUGAUUUUUGGCAGAGAUAUGCCACUUUAACUUUUCAGUUUUUGUUUAUUAUGUACACAUUGAACCCAAAUUUAACAUAUUGACAUGAUAUAAGUAUACUCAGGUCAAUUUCGUAUUUGGUUCGAUAGUUUUUGACAGAGUUAUGCCCCUUGAACUUUUUGGGGAAAAAAGAAGUUGUCAAUUUCUGUUCAUUAAUUUUCCCAAACAGUUGGUCACAUUCAACUCAAAUUUGACUUACAGAUAAUCACAGGAAUAAGCAGGUCAAGUCUGUAUUUGGUCAUAGUUCCAUGAUUUUGGUCAAUAUCCCUCUUGAAAGUUGGAAAAAACAUUUUUAAGUUAUGUAUGUAUAAUGUUGAAAUCGCAUUUCUGAACUAAGAAAGAAAAAGAAAUUUUCCGUUUAAAUGCUCUAACGUUUGUAGAAUGCAUGUCUGAGGUUGACAUUGCAUGUGCUGGUGUAACGUUUUUAAGGCACACAAACCCUGUCGGUGAAAAGCUAGCUCACCACCGAGAGUGGUUUGUGUCCUUAUAUACGGGAACUAUUCCCUUCUAUUAAUUCAACAACUUAAGUAUUUGCAUAUUAUCAUGCUCAUUAUGACGUUCUACCAACGUCGUUACAUUACUUUCCCCUCCGAGAAGUCUCGUCCCGAGACUUGGCCUGGGAAAUCUGUGGGUAGGGCAACUCCGGUCUGGCAGUUGUCUACAUUCCCCCGCACUGGCCACCAUUCAACAACUUAAGUAUUUGCAUAUUAUCAUGCUCAUUAUGACGUUCUACCAACAUCGUUACACUGGUAUUUUACCAGAAAAUACAAGCCAAAUUAUGAUUUGGUCAUGGUACGGUGUUUUUGACAGUAGCACCCCUUGAACUUGAAAAAAUCACAAUAUCUUAUCAUUAUCUCUGCUACAAAUAUGCAAUAUGUAAUUUGCAAAAGGUAGAUUAACACUUAAUAGAACUGUGUAUAAAAGGGUUUGUGUUGACAUUGAAUAGAACUAAGAAUGAAAUAAAAUGGUUUUGCAAACAAAUUUGAAAAAAAAUAUUAUUAUAACAUUUGAAAAUCUGGCUGCAUGUGGGGGCAUUCGUGGCGUUACAACACAUUUAUAGUUCAUUUUUAUGACUUGCAAGGUACAAGGCUUGUACUGUCUACUAGACCUAUACAAAAGUAAUGCUCAUGCAUGUGGUUCAGUUCUGCAUUUGUCUUUUUAAAAAAUCCUAAAAUGAAUGAAAACGUGACAAGCGCUAAAACAUUCCACUAUGACACACUAUGACACAUGAAACCAUAUCUUUAUCUAAACAGAGGACAGUUUUAUUGUUGGUACUUUUAUUGGCACUUUUAUUUGGUUUUGGCACUUUUAUUUGUUGUUGCUCUUUAAACAACAUCACCUCUUCAACAAAAAAGUUGAUUUUAACAAAAAGUCUCACGAAAAAAAUCUUAAGGUGGCCUUAAACAAAUUAUUAGCACAGAUCUAGUCUUAUGCAUAAAUCAUAUAAUGACAAAAAUGAAAAAUGAAUUUUUGAAAACUAAUUCCUUAGAAACGUACUGUCACCAUGUCAUGUCAAUGAUAUGUUUUAGCUCUAAUAUUGUAUAAGAUUUGCAUUUGAUACAUGAUUUAUUACAAGAUUUAUAUUUGUAGGCAUAGUUUAAUGCAAUAUUUGUAUUAGUGUACAUAGAUAAAUGUAAUAUUUGUAUUGUGUACAUAAUUUUCAACAAUAUUUGUAUUUGUGUACAUAUUAUCUGCUACAUUGUAUAAGAUUUGUAUUGUGUACAUGAUUUAUAGAAGAUGUGUAGUUGUUUGCUUGAUUUUCUUUAAGAUUUGUAUUUGAGUAACUACAUUUGAUCUGCUACAUUGUAUAAGAUUUGUAUUGUGUGCAUGAUUUAUAGAAGAUGUGUAGUUGUUUGCUUGAUUUUCUUUAAGAUUUGUAUUUGAGUUACUUCAUAUUAUCUGCUACAUUGUAUAAGAUUUGUAUUUGUGUACAUGAUUUAUGGAAGAUGUGUAGUUGUUUGCUUGAUUUUCUUUAAGAUUUGUAUUUAAGUUACUACAUAUUAUCUGCUACAUUGUAUAAGAUUUGUAUUUGUGUACAUAAUUAUCAACAAUAUUUGUAUUUGUGUACAUAUUAUCUGCUACAUUGUAUAAGAUUUGUAUUUGUGUACAGGAUUUAUAGAAGAUGUGUAGUUGUUUGCUUGAUUUUCUUUAAGAUUUGUAUUUUAGUUACUACAUAUUAUCUGCUACUUUGUAUAAGAUUUGUAUUUGUGUACAUAAUUUUCAACAAUAUUUGUAUUUGUGUACAUAUUAUCUGCUACAUUGUAUAAGAUUUGUAUUGUGUACAUGAUUUAUAGAAGAUGUGUAGUUGUUUGCUUGAUUUUCUUUAAGAUUUGUAUUUGAGUUACUACAUAUUAUCUGCUACAUUGUAGAAGAUUUGUAUUUGUGUACAUAAUUUUCAACAAUAUUUGUAUUUGUGUACAUAUUAUCUGCUACAUUGUAUAAGAUUUGUAUUGUGUACAGGAUUUAUAGAAGAUGUGUAGUUGUUUGCUUGAUUUUCUUUAAGAUUUGUAUUUGAGUUACUUCAUAUUAUCUGCUACAUUGUAUAAGAUUUGUAUUUGUGUACAUAAUUUUCAACAAUAUUUGUAUUUGUGUACAUAUUAUCUGCAACAUUGUAUAAGAUUUGUAUUGUGUACAUGAUUUAUAGAAGAUGUCUAGUUAUUUGCUUGAUUUUCUUUAAGAUUUGUAUUUGAGUUACUACAUAUUAUCUGCUACAUUGUAUAAGAUUUGUAUUUGUGUACAUAAUUUUCAACAAUAUUUGUAUUUGUGUACAUUUUAUCUGCUACAUUGUAUAAGAUUUGUAUUUGUGUACAGGAUUUAUAGAAGAUGUGUAGUUGUUUGCUUGAUUUUCUUCAAAAUUUGUAUUUGAGUUGCUACAUAUUAUCUGCUACAUUGUAUAAGAUUUGUAUUGUGUACAGGAUUUUUAGAAGAUGUGUAGUUGUUUGCUUGAUUUUCUUUAAGAUUUGUAUUUGAGUUACUACAUAUUAUCUGCUACAUUGUAUAAGAUUUGUAUUUGUGUACAUAAUUUUACUUUAACACUUAUAUAUUAUGUACAUGAUUUACUCUCAGUUUUGUAUUUGUAUGCUACUAUCUAUAAUAGUUAUAUGUGUGUUUAUUAUAAGUUUUACUACAUGAAUAUGAUUUCUAUAUUUGUGUACAUGAUUUACUUUAGGAUUUGCAUUUGUCUUUAUUAUUUACUGUACAGAUUUUACCUUGAAAGUUCAUGUAAAUGAUAAGGAGAAUUGAUGCUAUGAUUGACCAUUUGAAAUUUGUAGUAACUAAUAUAUGAUGUUAUUUUCCCCCGAAACAUAUAAUUAUGAUAUGCAAUGAAGUUGUUAAGACAAAGUACACUGUUUUAAAGAAAAGACUGAAAAGCAUAUUCAGGUGUCAUGGGAGCUGUAGGGUCAUUUUAUUUUAAGGUUUUCAAACAGCCUUAUUGACACUUAUAACCAAACUAUAUAGAAUCAUCACUUUAUAUGCUUCUUUAUUCAUAGCUAGUUUUUUUUACCAUGCAACAAGAAAACUGAUUUAAAGUUUUACACCUUAACCUGCGCUCAAACCUAGUUGGCAGAACCUAAUGGAACUCAGUAAGAACAAUCUUUGAAUGGACCAUAUGAAAUUAGUUGUUUUGGUCUGCUUAACAUUAUAUAAAAUAUGUUUAAACUUUCAAUCGCUUGUUAUAUUUAGACCGUACGUUUUACCACGAGAAAGAAUAUAUAAUAUAAACUUUUCUCUAAUAGUUCUCCUUAAAUGUGUAAUAUUUUUUCUUAAAUGCUGAUAAAACAAUAUAAUUUCAGGCUGUCCAGCGUCCCUAAAAUUCCUAAAAAAUCCUAUUUUUUUUCAGUUUGGCUAAAAUUCCUAAAAAAAUGAAAAAUUCAAAGGGAAUUCCUAAAAAUGCCCUAUUUUUUCACUUAAAUUCCUAUUUUUUUUAUCCUUUGUGAUAAACAUAUCCAGAAACAACCAUGUUUCAAUCUAAACCUAAACCUACAACCUAAAUUCAAACGCAGUCAGUGGAGUUGAUAUCAUGUCUGACUAAAUUGCAUAAGUCACAUGUUGCAUAUACAUUUGUACUUCAAUUCCUGCAGAAAUGCCAUACUUGAUGUCAGAUGUUAUCAGAAAAAUAAUAAGAAACUGUUUGUUUUAAAUGGAACAAUGAAAAUUGUACCACUUUGACUAUAUCAAAAUAGUCACUUGUUUAAAAUUGUGAUAAAAAAUUUCCAAGGAAGUCAUAUUUUUAUUGGCUACAGAGUUUUACCAUUUACCUCAGUCUUAGGUGUAUUUAAAGCAACUAUUUACACAAAUCACCACUAAAUUUCACCAGACUUUAUGCAGGGGUCCUUAUUAAUAACGUCUUAAUUUGUAAUCAAGUUAUUUUCAAGUGAUGACUGUAGAACAGAUCUUAUGUAAGUGAUACCAGCUGGCAGAUCUAGACAAGUUUCCAUAUUUGCUAUGGUAAUUAUAAAAUGGGUAAGGUAAACUGGCAGUAAUGAUUGAAUGCUUUAACCAUUUUGCUACCCAAUUAGCAUACUCAGAAGUGACACCUUCAGCUGCCCUUUUUGUACACAUUAACAUGUAUUGAACAUAUGUUAUAUACAUGUAGUGUAAGUUUUUUUAAAAUCUGGAAAAAAAAACUGUUGAAAGUCAUUGAAAAAACUGACACUGUUGUGAAAUUUUCUACAAUUUUUAGUAGCCUGAUUUAUCUUGAACAAUGAAAUUUUCUACAAUUUUUAGUAGCCUGAUUUAUCUUGAACAAUGAAAUUUUCUACAAUUUUUAGUAGCCUGAUUUAUCUUGAACAAAUUCUUCAUAGGUGUAUAUCCUGCUGUUUGAAUUUAAGUUUAAAUAUGCCUGGGAAUGACUCUAGUGGGUCAUAUCAUUUUUAUUGUUUUUUAAGAAAGAUCAAGACUUGUUUUAAAUGUACCAAAUAAGAAAUGCAUUUAUAGCUAAAAUAAAUUUAAAGCAUAACUUCCUCUUCCAUUUAUUAUGGGCUUAUUAUAUCUUUACUUGAUUAAUUGUCAGAUGUUAUCAGAAAAAUAUAAGAAACUGUUAGUUUUAAAUGGAACAAUGAAAAUUGUACCACUUUGACUAUAUCAAAAUAGUCACCUGUUUAAAAUUGUGAUAAAAAGUUUCCAAGGAAGUUGCAUUUUUAUUGGCUAAUCAUAGCUUAACUAAUUGAAUAUUGGUUGUUCCUGGAUUCUUAUAACUUUGAAAAUUUUUUCAUUCUAGUUAUGUUUUAAUGUAGUUUUUCAGCUCUUUUUAAAGGCAGUUGACCAGUGAAUCAAUUUAUUCACUGGUGACUAUGGAACACUGGUAACACCUUUGCUAUAACCGAACUAGAGCAUUAUUUGUGAGUUACUUUUGUGUCAAAUAUGCAAAAUUGAGCCCAUAUCAUGGUCUUUUGAGGCCAUAAUUUAGUAUAAAAUUCCAAAUUUGAGCCCUAAAGUUUCUUUCAUUUACCCUAAAAUUCCUAAAUUUUAGCCCUAAAAUUUCUUAAAAAUUGCCCUAAAAUUUGCCCUAAUUUUUUGUCAGAAGGUCCUGGACAGCCUGUAAUUUGUUUGUCAUACUCUAAAUAAUGAUAAGAACAACCUCCAGCCGACAUAGCUUGUUUUACCACUGGCCAGUUUAAUGAAGCUUAUUAGGAAAUGUCAUUGGAGAUUUGUUUACAACAAAUAGCUAGAGUCGUUUUGUUCUGCUAAAUGAAAGAUCCAGCAAACUGAAACUAUCAUUUUAACAACAUCUGGUAAUUAACAAUUGACUUUGAUAUAACUAAACAAGAAUACUUUUCUUUUGUUCUUUUAACAUAAACGGUUGGAAAAAGGAUCAUGUUGUCUACCAGACCUUAAAGUACAACAUUGUUUUCCAAAUGAUUGAAAUUAAAGUUUUCGGAAAGACUGGAAACAAAUAUGAUUCUUGGACAGUAUUGUACAAAAAGGUUAUUAUUUGUACUGUUCAUAACAGUUAACAGUUGUACUGUACAAAAACAGUUAACAAUUGUACUAUCUGCUGAGCGAAGGUACUUUCCUCUUGAGUCGUUAGCUCGGGUUGGAAAUUAAUUAUUGAAUUUUUGUUGCUGGAGUAAAAAAAAUGAUAAGUGUUUUCCUGGACAUAAUUUAUCCAAGAUUAACUGUAUUUUAUUAUCAUCAUAAUUAUUAUGUAUAAAAACAUAUGAUUUUGUAUGUUUGCAUAAUGAUUGUUUUAAGAUAAGUAUCUAUAAUAAAUCAAUAAAUUAGUGUUGACACAAUGUUA